AUGACAGAACAAGAAUCUAUUACAUCCACACAACAAGAACGAGAACCAGAACCUUCGCAAGAGGUCUUGAAUGUACCGACACAAUUAACAGCCUUACCAUGCGAUAGCAGUACCAUUGAUGAACUAUCUCCAUAUGUAAACGAAGUAGCAAUAUGGCAACCAGAUGAGAAAUUCAAUCGAUGUUUUAAUUGUAGUCGAAAAUUCACAUUCCUUCUAAGAAGACAUCACUGUCGAUGUUGUGGGAACAUAUACUGUGAAUCAUGUUGCUCUAAUUUCGUUGAUUUUGAUAAAUCAAAAGUAAAGCUAUUAAGAAGAUUUGAAGAACCACCGUAUAGAAUUUGUGAUUUAUGUUUUAAAGAUUUAAUGAAAUUAGCUUAUAUCACUAGAGGAUCUGGGGAAUCGGAUGAUUCUAUGAGUGAAAACAGUGAAAACAAUGAUUCCGAUUCACAACAGAGCCAUCAAAUGUCAACAGUAAAUAGUCAUCUAGUUGCAGUCCCAUCAGCAGGGGAAGAAACCUUUUGUCCUGUUUGCAAUUUAAUUCUAUCUCAAUUCCAAAAUGAAGAAUUGGCAGCAGCCCAUGUUGAAGAUUGUAUACGAAAUGCUGAAUUGGCCCAUAAGGCAUCUUCCUCGUCUUCUUCACCGAGCCGUGCUAAAUCUCGCAAUAGACCUAAGAUGCUGGUAUAUAAAGUAUCAGCAACAAGUGGAAAAAAUCAUAUACUAGAUACAGAUCAUACCAUUCCUGACAACAACAAGGUUGGGAAUAGGAAUGAAGCUGAGCGAACUGAAGGAAACCUCCAAGAAUGUCCAAUAUGCUUUGAAGAUAUAGAGAUAGGUGAAAAAGUUGCUAGAUUAGAAUGUUUAUGUGUUUUCCAUUACCAUUGUAUUAAAAGCUGGAUAAAGAAAAAAGAACAUCAAUUAAAAGAAUCUCCGCAACCUAAUGGAACAGCAGAAAUAAAUAGAAACUUUUGUCCAUUCCAUGAUGCCAUUCUCUAA